UUUGAAAAUGGAGCUUGAGGAGAAAAGAUGGAAGAAUACCAUCUCCCAAAUUGUCACCCCAAACUCAGAAGGGCCACCUAUGAAUCGAGCUUCUUCGCAGAGCAAACAUAAGAAUAAUAGCUACAUUACCAAAUUAGAUACCCUAUCAACUCCGUUUGAAGUAUAUAUCAAAAAGAGGGGCUCAAAUAAUCUCAGCUACUCUAACAGCAGGAUAAAUCAAUCUAGGAGGAAGUAUAACGCGCAUAGGCACUCAUACGACUCACUGGUGUCCCAAUCAAUCGAAAAGGAGGAUUAUCGACAGAAAAGACUGUCUAUUAUUACUGAUAUCUCACAUAAAAAGACUCAGUUGGAGCUUGGAUCUAUCCCGAAAUAAGUUUCUAAAAUAUAGCUCGAAUUCCAGAAAGAGGAUUUUAAUCAGUAAAUAAACAAAGGAAACAAAAAUCUAAAUUUAAUGUGAAAGCUCUCAAUUUGAAGGCUAGCUUAGGUUGACCGGAAGAUAUGAAGAUGUCUAAUGAAGGAAAUCCUUGGUGCUCUAUGGUGGGUUAUCAUGGUGAGAGGAGUGAAAUGUCCUGUGAUUGGCGAAGAGGAAAGAAUUGGAGAAAGGAACAGAAAGGAAAGAAGGAGUUUAUGAAUUCUAUUAUUUUUCAGAACAAUUAUUUUAAGAAUGUAAAUGAAGAAGUAGUUACAACAAUUAAAGUAAAUUUAAAGAAUCAGAAAUUUAAUUCUACAAAAGCCUAAGCCUAAUGUAAUUUCAAACUCUAAACUUAAAUUAAACCCUCCAAAAAUCUCCUCUCUCACCAAAGUAAACCUCAAAGGAAGCCAAAUAAACCUCUGGCUAAAAUAAGAACUUGCUGACCAUCUUCAACAAAAAAAAUCACUCAUGUACCAAUUCAAAUCCGGUAAAUUCCCCUCCUCAAAAUCCCCAAAAAUCCAAAAAUUCUCAAAUUCAACGGGGCAGGCACUGAGCCACAGUGAAGCAAGAGCCUCUUUCACCCACAAAGACUAGGACGACAGUCCUAGUCAAGCGGGGACAUAGAAAUCUUGGCUAACACAAGAGCAGUUUGGCCUAGUUAUACUGAAGAAUUCCUCAUUUUUUAUUAGAAAUAUCCAAUAUUG